UUUGUGUCGAUCGCCAAUGCGUGAAACGGAGCUAAAUAUUUACAAUUUGUUGCUAUGUUGCAUAGAUGGCGCGGCGAACUUGUAAACUGCGUAUGCCGAACUGACGUUUUUGGUUAUUUUUGUUCUCGCCUCGUGUUUACUUUAGUGUCUAAUUUCGGUCCAAUUGCGAAAAUUCAGUUGUGCAACAACCAAAAGGUUAAUAUUUCGUUCAUAUAAGACAUAUCCGUACUUUAUAGUAUCGAUCCGCUCUUCCGGACUAGGUAUAUGUAUACAUUAUUAUCACGUGGUGGUGUGGUGGUUUAUAUAAUUCUUGUUUACCGCACAAGUAGAAACUUUGCGCAUGUGCGUCCCGUCAGUAACCUCAAAUUGUAAAGGCACGGGUUCGGCAGGUUCCGGAUAUCCGGGUCGCGACGCGGCGGCGGCGGUUCUCGCGGCGGUAUUGUGAUGUGCCCUCGUGCAAGGCGUUCGCGCCCCGCGUGUGGACAGCGUUGGUGAUAUCUGUACGCGCGCGCCUGCCAUGGCCCAGACUCAGUUUACGCGAAGCUCGGAGAGCGACGCGUGGGCGCUGCUCUCUCUGAAGUCUGCGCCCCCGUCACCCUCCAAGGUGCAGUGGGCCCAGGAGCCGGCCCCCAUCGCGAUCGCGAGGCUCGACGGCCGCGACUUCGAGUACCUCAUCCGCCAGAAGCGUGUCGUGAUCGGCCGGAACUCUAGUAGAGGCCAAGUGGACGUUAACAUGGGACACUCGAGUUUCAUAUCUCGUAGACAUCUCGAACUAUUUUAUGACCACCCGGAGUUCUACCUGACGUGUAACAGCAAGAAUGGAGUGUUGGUGGACGGCGUGUUCCAGCGGAAGGGCUCCGCCGCCAUGCUGCUACCCAAGAGAUGCACACUUCGCUUCCCUUCCACGAAUAUUCGACUGGAGUUCCAGUCGCUGGUGGAGGAGAGCGGCGGCGGGGCUGGAGGUAGCUCCGGCCAGAUGCCUCCGCUGCGCAUCACCAUCCCCUCAGACAGCGACGGCCGGAGCCCUGCGCCUUCGCCCACAGGCACAAUAAGCGCCGCCAACAGCUGUCCGACGUCGCCGCGAGGCGCCGGCUCCUCGGGCCGGCGGCACGCCGACCUCGGGCUCGUGGCGCACUACGCCGCGCUCGCCGACCACGCGCGGCCCAACUCGAAUGGGACGGCUGCGUCGUCCUCGAACUCUGACUCAGGCUACGGCAGCACGCGCGACGUGCGCGAGGCGCGCGAGCCCCGCGAGGCGCGCGACGACGCCAAGCCGCCGUACAGCUACGCGCAGCUCAUCGUGCAAGCCGUCGCCUCCGCGCCCGACAAGCAGCUCACGCUCAGCGGCAUCUACAGCUACAUCACCAAGCACUACCCCUACUACCGCACUGCCGACAAAGGCUGGCAAAAUUCCAUUCGUCACAAUCUAUCGCUCAAUAGAUACUUCAUCAAGGUCCCGCGCAGUCAAGAAGAGCCCGGCAAGGGCAGCUUCUGGCGCAUCGAUCCUCAGAGCGAAGGCAAACUGAUCGAGCUCGCCUUCCGUCCGCGGCGUCCUAGGGGCGUGCAGUUCCGGGCACCUUUCGGGCUCUCCUCCAGGAGCGCGCCGACAUCACCGUCGCAGGUGGGGGUGUCGGGGCUCGUCACGCCCGAGGAGCUUUCGCGUGAGCCCACGCCAGACCUCUUCCCUCCGGAGGAUCAGGACCAGCAGAUCAACUCCUCGGCGAGUCAGCAACGGCUGAGCAGCAACAACAGCCAGUCGACGCAGUAUCUGUUCCCGCAGCGUAGCGGGGUCAGCCAGAGUGCGCCCGGCUCGCCAGGUCACGGUCUGGCGUACAGCGCGGGCGGCGGCGCGCUGGUGAUGGCUGGCCACCAGAUCACCGUAGUCACCAACGGAGCCGGCGGCGAGAGAGAAGAGAAGUACGUGGUGGGCACGACUGGUGGCAACCUGGUCUCCAUCCAGGAGGAGGAAGUGCCCGCCAAUGUCGUCAUACACCAGCACUCCCCCUACUACGGCGGUGGCUACGGGUCUGGCGGCGGCGAGGACUGCGGCGCGGUGGGCGGCGAGCUGGUCAUCUCCGAGGCUGAACAACUCGCGCACCCGCCGCACAAGCGGGCCAGGCACAACAACAUGUCGGAGCUGGAGGAGCGGCGCGCGUAUUGACGGCCCGCGGCCGGCCGCGCCCCGCCCGCCCCCACGCGCCGCGCCCGCCGCGCUACUGGCGCUGCUGCCGCGCUAGUGCCGCGCUAGUACCGCGCUAGUGCCACGCUAGUGCCCCGCUAGUGCCGCGCUAGUGCCCCGCUAGUGCCACGCUAGCGCCGCGCCGGCCACGCCCUGCGUCGACCCUUGAGGCGCCGUCACCCCCCUAUCGAAUACCCUCGUCCUGUAAUAUUUCAUUCUUUGUAGAACACUAGUGCAAUAUUGUACGAUGAUGUUAACUUGGCCUUCUGAAGGUCCGUGAUUCGCAAUAAAUGACAGUUUAACGACAUGAUUCUGUUUGCUUUCAUAUUCUUGUACUAUACAGUUCAAUAAACUUUAUAAGCUGACAUACGAUGCAAUGUAUGGCAGUGGAACUGGUAACAAUAGUCUGGUAGUUAGUUUGUUCGCUCAUCGGUCGACGCACAGAGGAUAUCGUAGCAAUAAUAGUGAUACGGAACUAUGAACAAUUGGGUUGUUGAACAAGACAGUGUAGUAUUAGUGUCGUGUGUUAAGUUGUACUCUUUAAGUUAAAAACUUUUGUUCAGUAAGACGCGAACGAGCUUUAAGGUGAAGGAUUUAGGAGUGACGUAAGAUGGUAACGUUUCGCUGUUUAUAUAUAAUUUUCACUAUAUAUUAAUAAUAUAUACGCUUCACACGCGCCCGCGACCCGGGCGCGGUACACAGAUUGCAUAUUAUUACAAGUAUAUGAGCGAUAUUACAUUGAGCGGAGAUACCGCUCAACUUUAGUUAGCUGCCUUGGAAACUAAGAGCCUUUAAACAAGACUAAAAUGAAAAAAAUCUGAUACAAUAAAUAUAACCAUAUCAGAAUAACAGAGGUUUCUUGCAAGUGUCGAAGUAAGUGUAGCAAUGUACGAAGCAGUGCGCGGGAGUACACUCGUACGGCGCGUCUGCACUACGUACCUAGUACUGGGUUGCCAGCUUCGAAAAUAUUCGAAAGUAUUGCCAAGCUUGAAUAUAAUAUUAUGUAAAAUAUGUGUGUGUAAAAACGUUAGGGUCUAUAGUGAGUAAUAGAUGUUGUAUGGAAUGUACACUGACUGGAAUAACUUAUAAACUGCUGCAAAGGUUAACACUGUAACGCCUAGAAUCUCGAGAUUAGCGGAAUAUUUCUGAGGCUGGCAUUAAUAUCUAAGGUGAGUGCAAUGGUAGUAGUAUCGAGUUGAUGAAGUAUAUAAAUGUAUGUAUCGAAUAUAACGCGUAUUUGUUUGGGGAUAGGCAAUGUUUGUACGCUGAUGUAUGCCAACUAACACCAAUUAAAGUAAAUAAAGAGUAACAAGUAAUGUUCGGUCGAAAUGAUCAUAAUACAGAUAUUGGCAUUCUCCAAACAAAAUUCACAGAUCAAUACAAUAGUUCAAUGUUAAAAGUAAUUAAUUGCAUAUUCCAAGAGUUGAACUCGUUGAAAUUUAAUGAAAAAAAAUAUUGUAUAAAACAAUGUAGGUACGAUUUUGUCGAAUGGGUAUCGGACGCACUCUCAUUGUAUCGCAGAUUCGUCCAACCAGUUACCAGUGAGUAGAUAAUAAAUGGAAUGCCUAGAAUAAUAUUUCUCGUACCAUCACAACUGGUAUUGUAGGAUGACGAUUUUAAUUCGAAUAAUUGGCAACAUUCGUUGCAAUACGAGCACUCCAUUUGUUUACUACUCCGUGUCUGUGUAGAACUCUCGAUAUUUCGUGUGUUUGUAAAUGGAACUAUUUGAAAAUCAAAUUAUACCUUUGCGACCUUCUUCAAUUAAAGUGAACAGAGUAUGAAGUACGAUCGAUUUUGUAUUCACAUUGCUUCAAGCUCUGUUCAAGUUCUUGAAAAUGGUGAGACUAUUACAAUGAUUAUUGUAUUUAAAAAAUCAUAGCGAAUUUAAACGCAGGUGCAACGACCUACGAGAUCUUAGUUAAAAUAAAUUGUAAUAAAAUAAUUUUUCUAUAGGAAAAUAUACACGUAACGUUCUCGAUUAAAUACUGAAAUCAUUUUUGUCGUAGAAAGAUAUUUCGAUUCGUUUUAUUUACUAUUGUACUAUGUAUGUAAAGGUCAUUUUAAAUACUAUAUUUACACUUGUAUUCGUCAUUAUAACUCCGUUCACGAAUUUUUAGACGAAAGUUACUAUUGUAAAACGUUUAGUCAAAUAAUUAAUGAAAUGUAGGUAGCUAUAAAUACCUACGUAAUUCUCUCACUGAUUUUUAAUGAUAAAUUUUUGAUAAGAGGCUCGUUGCACCUCUAUAAAAUGAUAAAAAAACAUUAGGACGAGUUUCUACUAUUAUAUUAACAUAUUACAUGUACAGAUAUACAUAUAAUUAAUAUUAUAUACAAAGGAACUGUUGACUAUAGCGCUUACUCAUAUAUGUACACUCGAAAAUAUAUAUACUUCGUAUUAUACAUGUAUCUCCAACAUAUUUAAAUAUAAAAUUAAAGACAUUUUCAUUAAGCCGGCAAAAGUACCUACAAUAUACUUGUGAUUUAGCUUAGAUGAACAAGUUACUUUUGUGUUCUCUUUAAAGAAUAAUUUCUCCUCGUUUUAGGUGUAUAAACAUAAUUAUUAUAAAUAAAUAAUAAUAUAGUAAUUGAAUAUGUAAAGUAAUAUUCACUAGUAGUUUGUAAUAUGUUAUUAUUAUUAUAAAGAUAGUGUAAAAACCCGCAAAUCUACAGUUAGUUAUAAUUUAGCAUUUACAUAUGCGUAAACACGUGGAUUGUAAUAGUUUAGCAAGAGGCUUUCUUAUGGAACAAAUUUGUAUUUUGUCUUACAUGCCCUUUUAAUAUUACUGUAAAGGAAUUGGAGAAAAUUACCACAACUUUCGACUGAGUCGAAACUACUUCCAUAUUUUUAUUUCUUAACUCAAGACAACAAUAUCGGCAUUGACAUCGGUGUGAUGUGACACCGGUGUUGGUCGAUUUUCGAUUUAUUUACAUUUUUAGUAAAGACGACACGCCAUUUUGGUUUUUAAAGUGGCAUUAACAAUAUUAAUAAACUUGGAGUAAUAUUAGAUCGCUCGCCGCCGACAGAGGGCGGCAGAUAUCACGACGGGGGUCAUUGUAAAAACAUUUGUAUAGAAACUUGAUUUGUUGAUAUUAUAUUUAGAUAUUUACGUAUUUGGAUGGACGGCUAUGGUAGAUUACAAUCUCAGUAUAAGUACCUAUUUAUACAUGUUUCUCUGUUAACCUGAAAUAAUACGAAGCUACAUAAUAAUAAUAAGUAAUGAAUACACUACGUUAAUAUAAAGUUUCCACUAUGAUCCUAUUCUCUAUCCAAAUGUGUAAAAUGUCUAGAACAAGCAAUUCCUGCUCGAGGCUCGACGUGAGGCCACGCGGCACGCGACGCGCGGUUACAAACCGCGCCGACUGGAAGACUGGCUCACUGUGUCGUGUGGGCCGAGCCUGUAUAGCUACUCUGUGUAAUAUUGCUUCCAAAAUACGUUGCUCGUGUCCCGACGAACGAAAGGAAUUAAGUAGUUUGCUGCUUAUUUUGUGUGUAAUCGGGAGUACUAUAUGGAGCAAGCAAUUCACAUAAAGUACUGCUAUCGUUUCUACAUGAGAACACGUCGAACCAUCACGCAGUAAACCUGCUCGCGACGAUAUCAGCUCUCGAUGUGAAUUGAGUACGCCGGCCUCCAGCACUAGCAUAAACUGAGCAAGUCCUGGCGACUUUAGAUGUAACGUAGACUAUAUAAGGCAUAUAUAUAAGGCAUUUAAUGCUAUACUAUUUCUUGUCUAAACAAUGUAUGCGCGAAACGUUUAUACGGAGAAGGUUCUCUUUGUAUGUAGCUCUAGCGAAGUAUUUCUUAAUUAUUGUAACAUUUUGAUGAUGAGAUGAAUCUGUUCAUUGUAUGCAGACAAAGCAAUAUCUCAUUUGAAUCUUAAUAAUUUUACAAGGUCUACUUAAAAUGUUUUCACCACUCUUAGAGUUAUGUGGCUAAGGAAGUUUCUCCGUAUGUAUAUUUCGUGAAUGUAUGUAGGGAAGGUACAUAAUGUUGUGUAUAUUGAUAUAGAUAAGAACACGCAUACGAGAGAUGUAAAGGAUAUCGGUUGUAAUGACAGCGUAUGGUUUAUUGACAAAUUUUAAGAAAUAAACGUAUUUUAUCUCCUUA